AUGCCCCGCCGCCUCCUCGCCCUGCUGCUCCUGGCCGCCGCCGUCGCCGCCGCGGCUGGACACGCGGCCUCCUCCUGCCCCUUCCACGUCGAGGAGCCCCACGAUCACCAUGACCACGGCCACGGCCACAGCUGCGGGGGCGCCGGCGCGGGGGAUCCCCAUCACGAGCACCACCACCACGACCACCACCACCAUCAGCCAGACGAGAUCCGGCGGCUGCUCCCGGAGGAGCUGGCCGAGGAGGCGGAUCUCGAGCUCGAAGGCUUCGGCCACGACCACCACCACCACCACCACGACCACAGCCACGGCGACUUCUCCCUGCCCGAGACAUCGCCCAUGGGUCUGUGGUUAAAGGCGAUGGGGUGCUCGCUGCUGGUCAGCCUGGCGUCACUCGUCUGCCUCGUCCUCCUCCCUGUGAUCUUCUUUCAGGGGAAACCGUCCAAGGCCAUGGUGGAUGCGCUUGCGAUAUUCGGGGCAGGAGCAAUGCUUGGAGAUUCAUUUUUUCAUCAACUGCCUCAUGCUUUUGGUGGAGGGCAUUCUCAUUCACAUGACCACGAGGAUCACGCUCAUGCUCAUGAGGAGUCACAUGCACACUCUCUGGAAGACCUUUCUGUCGGCAUGUCCAUUUUAUUUGGUAUUGUAUUGUUCUUUAUUGUCGAGAAGAUUGUGAGGUAUGUUGAAGACAAUGCUCAAAAUGGGGUUCAUAGCUUGGGCCAUCAUCACCAUCAUAAACGAGAAGACACCAGUGAUAAGGCGAAGUUGGAUCACAAGAAAAGCGAUGAUGAGGUUAAAGAUACAGAUCAAGCAGACAAACAAACUUUGCAUGAUGGUGCAAUUGACAAAAUAGAUGAUGCAGAUCAUAAAGAUUCAAAUGCUACUAUACGUAAGAGGAUCUCUUCUAGUUCCAGUGCUGCUAAUAAAGAGCCUAUCAGUUCUGGAACUGAUUCUGCCCCCAGCAAACCAUUACCAAGUGAGGAUUCCACUGUUUCCAACUCAAAUCUGGUGUUUGGCUACCUUAAUCUUUUCUCAGAUGGUGUUCAUAACUUCACUGAUGGGAUGGCUCUUGGAAGUGCUUUUCUGCUACAUGGUUCUGUUGGAGGGUGGUCUAGAACUUUAUUUCUUCUUGCUCAUGAACUUCCUCAAGAGGUUGGGGAUUUUGGAAUCCUGGUUCGCUCGGGAUUCACCAUAUCUAAAGCCCUAUUUUUCAAUUUUCUCUCUGCGUUGGCUGCUCUUGCUGGAACAGCACUAGCACUGUCUUUGGGAAAGGAUCCGGGACAUUCUUCUUUAAUUGAGGGUUUUACUGCUGGAGGUUUUAUUUACAUUGCUGUUGCCGGAGUCCUCCCACAGAUGCAUGACCAGAAAACUACGCUGAGCAACUCAAUGACUCAGUUGGUUUUCCUGACAAUGGGAAUGCUGGUUGCCCUGGGCAUAUCUCUAGUAGAAUGACCUGGAUCUCCAUUUCUUUGUAGCUUUAGCGUUGAGCUGCCCUUAUGCCAGUCUGGUCACUGCAUCACUAGAAGAUGCAGCCUGAAAGAGCGACUCCCCUGAUAUUUUGGUGCAAACAUAGCAGAAUAUUUUGUCAACUAAUUUAGUUUCGCUUGCAUCAUUAGCAUCAUUAAUAUAGGUCUUGGCAAAGACUUCACUGAACCUUGAAUCUUGUGAUCAUGAUUAUAUGAAGGUAUACACAAGUACAUC